CACGUUCCUCCGAUGUUCAGGCGACACAGACAAGUGUGUUCACAGUGUGCGGAGCUACAAGACUCAGCUGGAUUUAAACUGGACUGAUUCCCAACCCUCUGGCCAGAGGAGCAAAGUAGUGACUAACGCUUCAUCUGAAUAGCAUGGAUGUCUCAGAGGACGACUACUAUUACCAUGAAAACAUCAGUUUCAACUUCAGCUAUGAUGACUACCCCACCCUCUGUGAGAAGGGUGAUGUCCGUUCCUUCGCAGCCCUCUUCCUACCGAUCAUGUAUACCGUGUGUCUGGUGGUGGGACUGGCUGGAAACACCUUAGUCGUGGCUGUCUACGCCUACCACAAACGCCUCAAGACCAUGAUGGACACCUUCCUGACCCACCUGGCUGUGGCCGACCUGCUCCUGCUCUUCACGCUGCCUUUCUGGGCUGCUGAUGCGGCGAGGGGCUGGGAGCUGGGCGAGGCGGUAUGUAAGAUCGUGUCGGCCUGCUACACAGUCAAUUUCACCUGCUGCAUGCUGCUGCUGGCCUGCAUCAGCAUGGAUCGCUACUUGGCAUUAGCCAGGGCGCACGGUGAGGACCGAAGAGGGCGGCUGCAGAGGAUAUUCACCAGGAGACACUGUUGGAAGGUGUGUUUAGUUGUUUGGGCGACAGCUUUCAUGCUCGGUCUUCCUGAUUUAAUACUCUCAGAAGUGAGAUGGGCGUCUAAUCGGAGCGUGUGUAUGGCCAUCUACCCUCCAACAAUGGCUGGAGUGGGGAAAGCUGCACUGGAGAUGACAGAGGUGCUGCUGGGAUUCCUGCUUCCUCUCCUGGUUAUGGUGAUCUGUUACUGGAGCGUAGGCCGAGCACUAAAGGUGCUCCCCAUCGAGAGCAGAGGCAAGAAGUGGAAGGCUCUACGUGUUCUCCUGAUAGUAGUGGGGGUGUUUGUGGUCACUCAGCUGCCUUAUAAUGUGCUGAAGUUGUAUCGAGCGAUGGACUCAGUCUACGCCUUAGUGACCCACUGUGGUACGAGUAAAUUGUUGGACCAGACGGCUCAGGUGACUGGGAGCUUGGCCCUCACUCACUGCUGCCUCAACCCGAUCCUGUACGCCUUCAUGGGGUCCUCCUUCAGGCAGCACAUGCUGAAAGUGGCCAAGAAGUUUGGCGAGAAGAGGAGGAAGAGGAGGCCAAAUCCUGCAGAGGAAGGCAUGGAUAUGUCAUUUAACUCCCACAGUGCAUCCCAAGAGACAAACACAUUCUCAAUAUGAGUUACCACUUGUGGCACUAUGUUGGAAAGUCAUUAAGUUGUACAUAUUUUUGACGUUUUAACUCUCAAUUCCCUGCACACCAUAAACAGGAGGUUGUUACUGUUAAGUCUUUUCCUCCUCCAGUUUAUUAAAAAUGAGUUCAAGCAAUAUAUACAUUUUUUUUGUCUCUGUCUGUACUUUCAAGCAAUAAAGAACAGUAUGUUUUUUUUCUCUCAA